GCGGCCUCUUCUUCUCCUCAGUCACGGCUCCGGCUCGGCCUCUCCGCGCCGCCAUGUCCGCCCCAGGCAGCGGCGGCGAGUUCGGCAACCCGCUGCGGAAGUUCAAGCUCGUCUUCCUCGGCGAGCAGAGCGUUGGGAAGACCUCUCUGAUCACCAGGUUUAUGUAUGACAGUUUCGACAAUACUUACCAGGCAACCAUUGGAAUUGAUUUCCUGUCAAAAACAAUGUAUCUCGAAGAUCGCACGAUCAGGCUGCAGCUGUGGGAUACAGCCGGCCAGGAGAGGUUCCGCAGCCUCAUUCCCAGCUACAUCCGUGACUCUGCUGUGGCUGUCAUUGUCUUUGACAUUACAAGUUCGGCUGCAGCUCUGGGACACAGCAGGCCAGGAGCGGUUCCGCAGCCUCAUUCCCAGCUACAUCCGCGACUCCACUAUUGCUGUGGUAGUCUAUGACAUUACAAACUUGAAUUCCUUCCAGCAGACCUCCAAGUGGAUUGAUGAUGUUCGGACAGAGAGGGGAAGCGACGUCAUCAUCAUGUUGGUGGGGAACAAAACUGAUCUGGCAGACAAGAGGCAAAUCACUACAGAAGAAGGGGAACAGAGAGCCAAAGAGCUGAAUGUGAUGUUUAUUGAGACCAGUGCAAAGACUGGAUACAAUGUGAAACAGCUAUUCCGUCGUGUGGCUGCUGCCUUACCUGGGAUGGACAGCACACCAGAGAAGAGCAAAGAAGACAUGAUUGACAUCAAACUAGAGAAGCCUCCUGAGCAGCCAGUAACGGAGAGCGGUUGCUCCUGCUAACAGGCCCGUUCUGUAGCAGCACAUUCCCCAGCUGGCCAGUCUCACUGAAGAACAUCACUGCUCAUUGGCUAGGCAACCCUACUUUGGGCUGAAAAAACAAUCUACUAAGCGAGCGAACUCCCUGUUUACGGUGGGGAGCAGCCCUGGCCGCCCCUCUUACUGCAUGGUAUGAGCCUUGAGUGCAGAAUGAGUGUCCUGUCUUUUAUUUUACUUUUUUAUGUUGUUGCACUUUGGCACCGUGGUGCCCUUUACACUCUCUCUCUUUCUCUUCCUCCCCUUUCCCACCUUGAGCCUGUCUGCUCAGAUGUAUCAUGUGAAUGCAAUGGAAAAGCCACCAAGUUAGGGAAAAGACAAAAAAAAAUAAAGCUUGGGGGUGGGUUUUCCACUUUCCUUUACUGCCUUGCAUAUUAACUAGCUCCUGUCCACUCCAGUCUUGUCUGUUCUGCAUCCCCACUUCCUCUGUUUAAAGGCUGCUCCUUUUACAACAGUCACUUGGACUUGGCCUUGCCUUGUUGGGCAGUACAGGUUAUCUGUUUCUAGGCUUCCUGCAGGGCACACACACAGUAUUUGCUCUUCGGUUUCUCCUUUCUGUGGAUGAUCUUGGCUAAGUUUUGCUCAUGACUUCUGGGUUUUGCCCUGCACUCUGACCCUCAUGUGACGCAAAACACUGGAAACUCCCAAACUCUUUGCUUCGACCUUGUUGCUCCCAUCUGCGUAGCAGAGACAUCCCACAGAUUGCUCCCUGCAGUGUGAGUAUCUUCCUGUCUGGAGGAUGUUGGUGCUUGGUGUGUUGGCAGUAAGAUGUGGGGAAGGAAAUGGGUACAGAGACUUUGCAGCAUGAAGGUGGGUGGGGAGAAAUCCUCAGGGUGAUUUGUAGGGACCUCGGUCUUUUCUGUCAGCAGCAAAAGCAAACAGCUCUGUGGAGCCCAUCACUGCAGGAGCAAUACCUGGGAAUCGUGUGUGCUGUUCAGGUUCCUUUCCUAGUCUCCAUCCUUCUGUUUGCGGUCACAUAGCCUAGGAGAGCAGGUGGGCUACAGCAAAUUAAAGGCCACUGAUAGCUGUUCUGGCUUCAUAUCUAGGUUGCUGCUCAAUGAAAUCACAGCUGCUUCUGCUUUUGUUGUCUCAGAGAGUGGGGGGGUAAUACCCUGCUGCUUUUGGAAUAGUGGUAACAGAGACAAGUGCUAGCAGGGAUUUAUUAUCAUGGGUGAGUAGGGGAAUGUACACUGCUAGAGUGCAUUGUAUUGUCACUUCUGGAUGCCUGAGGUUGGGAAAUAGCUCGCUUUUCCCUCAGCUCUCUGCCCCUGAUUUCUAGCCAUGUUAGCAGAGCUCUUUGUAAACUUUCAUUGUGAUAUUUUUUUUGUGUGUUUGUGUGUCCAUCUGACCAAUCCAGAAGUCAGGAGGUCUGUUGACAGAGAGGAGAAAAGAACAGCCAGGUGGUUUUAAGCCAUUCGCCAGUUCUUUCAUCACCCAGCCUAUGUAUCGCCGCUGGGGAUGCUGGUGGGGAGCAGCACAGCGUGCCACGGUGUUAAGGGUACAAACA